AUGAAGUCGUGGUGGUUUAUCUCUCUGCUGGCAUGCCGCCUAAUGAUAGACGUAGAGGCAUCGAUUUACGACGACGAUUACGACUCCUAUACUGGUAGUUAUGACUACAAGAAUUCAGAAAGUCGUACGUGUACAUCUUCGGAGUUUCGGUGCAAGACUGGACGUUGUAUUCCAAUGUCAUGGCGCUGCGAUAAUGAAAAAGACUGUUCUGAUGGCUCUGAUGAAGAACCUGGCACAUGCAUGUCACAGCGCAGCAGUUGUCCGGAACACAAGUUUGUGUGCACAAGUGGUCACUGUAUACCCGCUGCUUGGCAUUGUGACGAUGCCGCUGAUUGUCCAGACGGCUCCGACGAACAUCAGUGUGGUAAGGGCAUGAUCAGGGGAGAAACGCAACCUAGGCAUGAUUCAAAUCAAUCAAUUGGCAUGUUUAAAAUCAUUGGGGAAAAUCACUACAUGCUACGAAUAGCAGCAUGUUAA